UCAGGAUUCCGGAACGAGCGGUUUGGGACGUGCCGUGUGCGAGUUUGUGUGUGUGAGAUGCAAAAAAUUUUCAUUAGGAAUUUGUCCGCGAAGCAAGUGAGGAGUUCGCGGUUCCGUUGCCCCGUGAGGGGAACGGCCGGAGACAACCGAAGUGAAAGAGAGCAAGUGAUAAGAGGCACGGAAAACCGGUAGGUUCUUCCAAGAAGGAGAGGGUGCCUGGCCAUACCCCAAACCGAAGGAAAGGUCCGAGAAAUCUCCUAGGAAGUCAGACCUGUGGAUUCCGGUGUCCUGCCCCCCCUUGAACGAUCCCUUAAGCGGCCAGCGUCGGCUGGUGGAAGGCGAGGGUUGAUCCCACCAUCUUUAAAUUCUAUGAGGCCAGCGAUUGCUGGGAGGUGGCACAAGGAGGGAGGGAGGGGCCAUUGAGACCGGGAAUCCAGGGUCAAAAAGGAAAAGGUACCACAAGGAAAGGUAUUAAAAGGAAAAGGUACCAUAAGGAAAGGUAUUAAAAGGAAAAGGUACCACAAGGAAAGGUUUAAAAAAUGGGAAACCGAAAAAGUAGUUUGCCCCUGCCAAAUGAAAAACAGUAUGGGAAGUCAGAGCCGUGCACCCCACUACGCUGCGUGUUAGCCCAUUGGAGCACGUUAAAACCUCUGGUAGCAGUAAAGAUUACUUUUAAAAGGGAGAAGUUGAGGGUUCUCUGCGCUACCAUAUGGCCCACUUAUUUUCUGGGUGACCAACAGCUCCCAUGGCCACCUGAGGGCACUGUGAACCCUGAAAUUAUCCAAAAUUUGUCAAAAUUCUUGGCAAAGGGAGGCAAGAUGGAAGAAGAACUUUAUUCAGCAUUCUUUUUCAAUCUGGCUGCGUGGACAGAUAUUCAAAAAUUAUGUGGGCUAAUAACCCCCUCCCAAAGGGUCUGUCCGCUGAUUAAAAGUCAGAAAGUGAAGCUAGCACCAGUACCAGAUGCUCCCCCACUGGUACCAGAUGAACCACUAUCGGUUCCUGACCUUGGGCGUCUAGGACCAAACCUGAAGCUUCUUAGCCCUUCCCACACCAGGACAGGCCAAGCCUAUAGCCAAGAGGCACAUCUGGGUCCUUCUGUCUUGGCUCCACUUCGGCAGGUCCCCAUGGGGAACAGACUAGCUUAUAUCCACACCCCAUUUACCACAGGGGACUUGUUUAACUGGAAGGAGAGCUUGCCUCCCUAUCGAGAAGCUCCCCAGCAAUAUGUUGAUCUAGUCCAACAGGUCAUUUCGACCCACCGCCCAACGGUCCCGGAUCUUUUUACCUUGGUUUCUGCCUUUUUGGGGGCUGAAGACUGGCAGCAAGUUUUAAAAGCUGCAAUAGUCCAUUAUACCACUGCACAGACCCAGGGUCUCCAAGAUGGCGGACAUGAUGCAGCAUGGCCAGACCCGAAUGUUGUUCUGGUUCCCACUUUUGAGGCAGACCCAAAUACAGAUCAUGAUCUCACUGCCCUUCGGCAUUCCCAGGAGGCCAUCCUUCACGGCCUCUGCACUGGAGUACCCAAGAUAGUAAGCUUUCACCGGGUCCACCAGAUUCUCCAGGAGCCGAAGGAAUCUCCUACUGAUUUUUUGAACCGCCUCAAGGAUGGAUUCCGACGAUUUACUGACCUUGACCCCGACCUCCCUGCUAACGAGACCUUGUUAAAAAUGACUUUUGUGGGACAAAGUGCCCCUGAUAUCCAGUGCAAACUCCAGAAGUUGGAGGCACCUGCCACCCAGAAUUUUGAGACCCUCAUCCAAACAGCUUUUAUAGUGUUUGCCCAACGAGAUGAGGAGGAAGAGAAGAAGGAAGAUCGCAAGAUGCGAAAACAAGCAGCCCUCCUGGCCAUUGCUCUACAGCCCAAACCUAAAGGGAGGGGGCUACCCAAACAUCCUGAGAAACCCCGCCCAAAUCCUCUUCGGCGGGACCAGUGCACCCGGUGUAAAAGAACUGGCCACUGGAAAAAUGAGUGCCCCCUUGGGGCCUGUAGGGGAAGAAAUAGUGGCAGAAACUUUGGAGGUAGACCACCUCAUGACUUUGGGAUGGGGGAAGCACCCUGGCCAGGUCCCAGGCCCGAACCCCAACCCCUGAUGUCGGCUCUAAUGCUUGAGUUCUAUCCUAGUGCCUACUGAUGGGGCUCCGGAGGUUUC